UUUUUUUCCCCUUCGACCCUUUCGAUCAUCGGAAAAGGUCUUUUUGAAGUCGGGUCAACAAAUAGAAGUUGAUUUUUUUUUCCUUUUUUGGGAAAUUCCAACAAUUGUCUCUCUCUGUAGAAUUCUCGAGAUCUAUUUGUUUCUCAAAUCCCUGAAAUUUGUGUCCAACCAGUAAAUAUGGGGUUUUGUGAAUGUUUAUGAGUUUCCAUAAUCGAUGGUGAUCUUUUCCCUCUGAGUAAAAUUUUCACAUCAAAUUUUUCUUAAAAAAAACUUGUCUUUCUUCUCUGUCGUUGUUUAAGUUUUUGGUUUGGGGCUGAGUUGAGAUUUUGGUGGUGAAAAAAAAAAUUUGAUGGAAGUGGGUAGCUCCAAUUCGUCGGGUCAACUUUCCGGGCGGGUCGUUGACACAAGAGGCAAACACAGGAUUCAAGCCGAACUCAAAAGGCUUGAACAAGAAACUCGCUUCUUAGAGGAAGAGCUUGAGCAGCUUGAAAAGAUGGAUAAUGCAUCAGCUUGUUGCAAAGAGUUCUUAGACAGUGUUGACAGCAAUCCCGAUCCUCUUCUUCCCGAAACAAUGGGGCCAGUGAAUGCAACAUGGGAUCAAUGGUUCGAAGGCCCUAAAGAAGCAAAACGAUGUGGCUGCUCCAUUCUUUAAUCUUCAUUUCCUCUCGCGUUUAUAUUUUUUUUUUCUCUAUUUCUUCCAGAAGAGUUUGUGUUUUCCAUUCGGCGGCAUUGAAAUUGAUGUAAUUGGCAAAACAAAACAAAAAUGAUUCAUUU